AUGUAUUCAGAGAAACAUUUUUGGUUUGUCCUUCUGCUGAGUUUGUUUGCAAUAAAUCAAAUCUGUUGUCUGGUUGAGUUUACAAACUUUAAAUGCACAUCUUUCGAUAAGGAUGUGGUCGAUUUCGAAUAUUGUAUUCUGAAAUCAAUUAAUCGAACAUCUAAAUAUGUCUCCGCCAAAAUAAAAGUGUUCAAGUUUCCCGUUAAAAGUAUAAAGGUUAAUAUCGGACUUCACCAGCUGGCCAAUGGAUAUAGACCCUUUUUGUAUAAUAUAACCUUUGAUGGUUGUAAGUUUAUAAAAAACCAAAAGUCCAAUCCAGUCGCCAAAUACUUUUACGAGUUUAUUAAAGACAUCAGCAACGCGAAUCAUUCAUGUCCCUACAAUCAUGAUUUUAUUUUGGAGAAGCUCUCUUCCGAUAUGAUAAACUCUAGACUUCCAAAAAUUCUGCCCUUCCCAGCUGGAAAUUAUAUGUUUGAGGCGCAUUGGACCGCCAAUGAACUGUACCGCGCACUUACCAAGCUUUAUAUUUAUGUUUCAUAA